CUUACUCAAAUCCUGCUGCUGCUGCUGCUGCUACCACACACUCUCUUCGUCUUCCUCUCAUCUGCUGUGCAGUCCAGUCGAUCGUCCCUUGCACUCUCUGAACCAGUCUCAACGCCUCACCUUGAAACCUUUUGGUCCCCGGUCUAUCGCCAAGCUUCGGGUCUCCCUCUACUGCUGCUGUUGCUGUCGUGCUCUCUCUGUGUGUGUGGGGAAGGAAGAAUUUAUUAUCAUCAUCUUGAAACGCUUCAUUCUAUCUUUCUUUUCCCCCCAUCCUUGACGUUGCACCACUCUGGCCACACCAUCCUCAACUAAACAAGGCGACCCUCUUCCUUCAAUUCCUUUCUCCAUUCCAACCAGACUCCCUUUGAAUCCGAUCACCGGACCCUCAACUUGUGCACAAUGCGAGGUGAACAUUGUAUCGCUGGAGCUUCGGUUCUCUCCGCUAUCGCCAUCAUCUUGUUGGUGUUCGUGAACAUUGGACAGAUCGGUACAGGAGCUUUGGUCAGUGGAAUAUAUAUGGCUCAGGUCAAUGUCGCUGCCUACGGAGCCGCUGUCCAAGCCGCCACAAAAUCAACACCUAAUGGACUGUACGAUACCCAAAACAACCCCCUAGGUACCAGCGCCGGUUUGAGGCAAUACUACCGAUAUGGAAUCUACCGAGCCUGCGCUUACCAAAAGGACGGUUCUGGAAUUUGCUCCGACUCUAGCUUUGGACACCCCAUGGAGCCGUACGGAGACGUCCUCGCGGACACUCCUAGCAAGUUCAAGAGUACUUUCAACCAGAUCGUCCCAAACUCGACAUACAAGAACGACUCGUACAACUCCGCCAUGACCCGUAUCGGAGGCUUGCUGAUCUUCGUUGGAUCAGCCCUCGCUGCUGUCGCCUUGAUCCUCGGUGUUCUUAAGAGCAAAGUCUUCUUCUUUGGAGCUGCCACUUGCUCUGGACUCUCUGCCUUCUUGCUUCUCAUCGGAGCUACGCUCUGGACAGCCUGCAUCGCUCAAGACUCCUCCAUUGCAGACUACGCCGUGGCCAAGACCCAAAACUUGGGUAUCACCACCACUGCUGGAGCUGGAUUGUACCUCACUUGGGCUGCGUUUGUCUUUGUGACAUUAUCUGUCCUGCCAUACGUCAUCGCCUGCUGUACCUUCCGACGAGACUAGGCGAUACCUAGGUGAUAGCGGCGGAGAGCAGCGAUGAAGCAGAGGCUCUUGAUGGGUUUCGGACAUCAUUCCCUUGUGCCCAGACACACAACUUGACGACACUCCAUCUCUCAACAGGGGGCGGACACGACUUUGACUCGGCGCCGUUGGGCAAACUUUUUUUUUCCAGCAUAGAGCAUCCUUUUGGUUUCAUCUCUCCCUCUCUCUCUCACACAAGGAAUCCAUCCUUCGUACCAUCCAAAACACACACUCCUUCCAAC